AUGCAUGCCCGAGACGCUUCUGGACGGCGAGUUUCGCUGUUGAAUGAUGAGCCUGUUUAUGAUUCCUACUACAACUCUUCGUCUCUCCGACCCCACCGCCGCACUUCUAGCCAGCACUUAAGCCAGCAUUAUGCUUCUUCAAGGAGUAGUUCAUCAUCGCCACACACGCCGGAGCUCCUGCGAUCCGAUUCCUACGACUCCAUCAGCCCAAGCAACGACCCAUUAUCCCCACUUACACCGUCAGUAGCCUUCGAUUACUCUCGUCAGUAUCUCUAUGCCUCGGGACAAUCCGGAUAUGAGGAAUAUGGUGCGGAUGUGAGCCGGAAGCAUAGCUCGUUCUCCGAGUCUACUCGAUCGGCCUCGUAUGAGGAUGAUAUCCCUUCUACUCCUGCUGUUCCGGAACGAUCGGCGAAGAGGUAUCCAUGCCGCUACCGCGAUAGCCAUGGAUGUGAGAAGACUUUCACGACUUCGGGUCACGCUUCGCGGCAUUCUAAAAUCCACACUGCGGAAAAGGCGGUGCAAUGCACCUUUCCCGGAUGCCAGAAGAAGUUUACACGGGCAGACAAUAUGAAGCAGCAUCUUGAAACGCAUUACAAGGAUAAAUCCAGAGCUUCUAGCUCCCAGAGGGCCGGGAAGACUUCCUCUUCAUCGUCUUCAACAAGAAAGCUCGGUAUCUCUACGCGAACUUCGAGCCACCGGCCACGGGACCACCUGACGCUAGAAUACGGACAAUACGGACCUCCGACACCAACCCACGCUACGCCCCUGGCCUCGCCUGCCACAGGUGUGUGGGAUUUGCGAGGGCUCAAUCUACCCUUAAUGAGCCAGCACGUUACAAGUCCCAAUCCUCGCAACGGCCUCGACGCGUUGGCCAUGGCUGUCGCAUGUCAAGAGGGCGCCUAA